UGCAGCGCAGCCACGGGUGAGGGGGUAACGUCCGUGGCACCCAGAACCUCCAAACCCGGGGACUUCGGGGACGGCGAGGGACGCCAGGCGCGGAACCCGGCCUUGGGGAAGAGCUGCGCGGCGCUGCCUGCUCCUUCGGUUUCCUCGCUCGGGUUAGGAAGUGGGUGGGGGCGGUGUGGCCAGCGUCGGGAGGUACUCGAACGCCCGCGUCCAGAGAGCAAGAAUUCACCUGUGUUCCGCGACAGCGCGUCGCACUUGAAGGGAGCGGCAGCAGGCUCUCGCUCCUGGCACAAUGGGCUGUACGCUGAGCGCCGAGGACAAGGCGGCGGUGGAGCGGAGUAAGAUGAUCGACCGGAACCUCCGCGAGGAUGGCGAGAAGGCGGCGCGUGAGGUCAAGCUGCUGCUGCUGGGUGCUGGUGAAUCGGGGAAAAGUACAAUUGUGAAGCAAAUGAAAAUUAUCCACGAAGCUGGUUAUUCGGAAGAGGAAUGUAAACAGUACAAAGCAGUGGUCUACAGUAACACCAUUCAGUCAAUUAUUGCUAUCAUAAGGGCCAUGGGGAGGUUGAAGAUAGACUUUGGUGACUCAGCUCGGGCGGAUGAUGCCCGCCAACUCUUUGUGCUUGCUGGAGCUGCUGAAGAAGGUUUUAUGACUGCAGAACUUGCUGGAGUUAUAAAGAGAUUGUGGAAAGAUAGUGGUGUGCAAGCCUGUUUCAACAGAUCCCGGGAGUACCAGCUUAAUGAUUCUGCAGCUUACUAUUUGAAUGAUUUGGACAGAAUAGCACAACCAAAUUACAUCCCAACUCAACAAGAUGUUCUCAGAACUAGAGUGAAAACUACAGGAAUUGUUGAAACCCAUUUUACUUUCAAAGAUCUUCACUUUAAAAUGUUUGAUGUGGGAGGACAGAGAUCUGAGCGGAAGAAAUGGAUCCAUUGCUUCGAAGGAGUGACCGCCAUCAUUUUCUGUGUGGCGCUCAGUGACUAUGACCUAGUUCUAGCCGAAGAUGAAGAAAUGAAUCGAAUGCAUGAAAGCAUGAAGUUGUUCGACAGCAUAUGUAACAACAAAUGGUUUACAGAUACAUCUAUUAUACUUUUUCUAAACAAGAAGGAUCUCUUCGAAGAGAAAAUCAAAAAGAGCCCCCUCACUAUAUGCUAUCCAGAAUAUGCAGGCUCAAACACAUAUGAAGAGGCAGCUGCGUAUAUUCAGUGUCAGUUUGAAGACCUCAAUAAAAGAAAAGACACAAAGGAAAUAUACACCCACUUCACAUGUGCCACAGAUACUAAGAAUGUGCAGUUUGUUUUUGAUGCUGUAACAGAUGUCAUCAUAAAAAAUAAUCUAAAAGAUUGUGGUCUUUUCUAAGUUUCGCAGUUAACGGUAAAAUGCAUUUUCAGACCAAAUGAGUACUUAUGUGUGGAUCUCUCUAAAGUCUUGCAGCAACACAGAAUGUAGCUUAUGGCAAAUGCACCUGGAACCUGACCAAAGUUGUUCUGUUUUGUUUUUGUAACUGAAAGUAACAGAAGGACCUUUCUUAAAUGUUAAAAGGUGGGUCCUGCAGUGUGAAACUAAAGGCAGUGUUAAAGCAGGACUCUAGUGUAUUGAUGCUUUCUACGUAAGUGUAAAUAUGCAAAUGUUGUAUACAUGUAUUUAUAACUUUAGUUUUCCACGUUACUUUAAGGUUUUAAGAGUGGCAACUUAACAAUUCUAGCGUGAUGGCUUUAGAAAUAACAAAUAUUAAGUACUUUGUACUGAAUUACAGACUAUUACUGUUUGCCAGUUUUAAACAGCUUUAUUUAAGUUCAUGUCCUAUAAAUUUUUAAGUACAGUAAUUAAUAUUAGGAAACAUUGUAGCCCUUAUCUUGGUUAUAUGUAUACCUGUAAUAAAAAUGUUAUUUGUACAAACAUGGCACAGACUAUUUUACUAACAUGAUUUCUUUUAAUGUUCUUAAAGAGAAUUCAAUAUACCUGCCUUUGAAUCAAUUAUUUAAACAUUGUGUGCAUUUCAUUUUUUCUUUUAAGAGUGCAUGCUGAUCUGACUCUACAUUGGAUUUUGUUUAAAAAAUGAAAAUUUCAUAUUUCGAGGAUAUACUAUCUUAGACUUAUACUUAAUUUUUAUUCAGUUGGUUUGUUUUCACUUGGAAUUUUAAUAUUUGGAUGGUAUUAUUCAUGCAUUGCCUUAAAGGUGAUGCCAGAUUAAUUUUUAUACACUCUAAAUAACUACCUUUUUAUUUAUAACUAAGUUUAGGUGAAUGAUGAGAGAUAUUUGGGGUAAAAAAUACGUCAGCAUAAUGAAUUUUGAGACAUUCAUUUGUGUAUUUCCUUUGGGAAAUCCCUUGUACCUAGCAUAUAUGAUAGCUCUUUGGAAGAUAACAAGAAAGACCUUUAAAUAUACUGCUGCUGAUAUAAUGCAAGCUUUUAAUUCGUAUAUGUAACUAGUUUCAAACUUAAUUAUCAUAUUAAAAUUACUUUUUCUCUUACAUUGUUCAAAUUUCCUCUUGCUUGAGUUUAUAUUUCUUUUUAAAUUGUGCUAUUUCUGAGAAUGAAACAGGCAAUUACACUUAGAAAAUGAGUAAUAGUGUUUAAAAAUGUCAGUGAUUGUAUGUAUGCUCAAAUAAGUGUUAUAUAUCAGCUAGAUAUCGAACUUCGGUAGUCUUUUUAUUUUCUAUUUUUUGAUGAAUCACAAUGUAUCUUGUGACCUCGUUUCAUCAAAAUUCCUCACCCUACUCACCUUUUUUUACUCAUCUUGAAAAAAGUAGCUUUUCAGUAAGCUUUGUGGGUAAACAGUUUCUAAGUUUAGUUACGUGCUGUCGUUUGUUGAAUUUUAUUGAUGUGUAUUUGUUGAAGUAUGUGUAUAUGUGUUGGGGGGUGGGUAACCACAAACUACAUUUGUAUCUGUUUAAUUUUAGGGAUUUGUUUUUCUUCUCUGUAAUGUAAAGAAAUUCAAAAUGGUCAAAAUUCCUUAAAUGUGUUAGUUUAGAUUCUUUAUGUGCCUUUCAUAAAAGAUAUGUUUUCAUUAAUUUUACCGAUGGAAGAUCUGUAAUAUCCAUAUUGUGAAACUAUGUAUGAACUUCAGUUAUAUUACGAAUAAAUCUAAAUCAUGAGAAAUACAGUUUAAAAAGCCA